UGAAGGUAACCUGCUCGCUUCCACUCGGCCACUAGGAGGCGCAGUUGGUCUCGGCGCAUUUUAAAGUGGACUGUAGGUUAAACUCCGCGGUAAACUCCACACACACUUCACUCAUUCACACACACACACAGAGACAGACAGACAGACAGGCGCUCGCGUUCUCCGGCAUGAACAGCCCGGUACUGGAGCCGGAGCCCGUGGCCGCUGCGCUCGCGAUGAGCGGGGAGUUCUCGGGAGGCGCGCGGGUCCGCUACACGCUGCUGCUGACGGAGACGGAGCUGACGGUGCAGAGGCACGGGUCCGGGAGGCGGAAGUCGGGCUCGGGGUCGGUGUCCGUGCUGGAGCUGCGGGACUGUGUGGGCUGCCGCGCGCUCGCAGGAGCGGAGGACGGCGCGGACACGAGCGCGAGCCUGACGGUGUAUCUGUACCCGGUGAGGAGGCGCUGGGCCGGGCUGAGCGCAGCACCGAGCCGCCGCAGACUGGAGCGCCGCUUCCGCGUGACCGCGAGCUCGGACCCGCGCGCGAACCUGGAGGAGGCGCAGAGAUGGGCUCGAGCUAUCCGCGAGCGCUGCUACCGCCGGACAGAUGGUGUGUGUGCCGAGGUGAGGAGGCCGUCUAGGUUCCUGGUCCUGAUAAAUCCUCAAAGCGGUAAGGGCCAGGCCCUGGCGCUGUUCAACACGCACGUGCAGCACAUGCUACAGGAAGCUGACGUCACAUACAAACUGCAGAUUACAGAGCGUCAGAACCACGCACGCGAGCUGGUUCGAGAAGCGGACCUGUCUCAGUGGGACGCCGUGGUCAUCAUGUCCGGAGACGGGCUGUUGUUUGAGGUGGUGAACGGGCUCAUGGAGAGGGAAGACUGGGAGAAGGCCAUUCGGACCCCUCUCGGGGUGCUGCCUGGAGGUUCGGGGAAUGCCCUAGCUGCCUCGAUACACUGCUACUCUGGGUCAAAGCCGGUGUUUGGUGAGGACCUGUUAGUGAGCUGUGGCUUCAUGUUGUGUAAAGGCCUGGUGUCACGUCUGGACCUCACCUCGGUCUGCAUGGCAUCCAGCCAGCGCCUGUUCUCCUUCCUGUCUCUCGCCUGGGGCUUCGUGGCCGAUGUGGACAUCGAGAGCGAGAAGUACCGCCACAUCGGAGCAGCUCGAUUCACCAUGGGGACUCUGGUGCGCCUCGCCUCGCUGAGGGUGUACAAAGGAAGGCUGGCGUUUCUUCCUGCUGAGGAAUCCAAGUCGAAUCCAAGUUUAGCUCAGUCAACCCAGUCCUUCACUAACGGUGGCAACUCGUCCAUAGAACCUUCCACCGUGACAGGGAAUCACCUCCUGCACAAUUCAUGCAACUCUAACAAUGCACACAAACCCAACUCGACCAUUGAGGCACCAGUUACCACACGAGGACUUUCAGAUUCCCUUCUUGUACCCUUGGACCAGCCCGUGCCAGCGCACUGGACCGUAGUCAAAGAAGAGGAUUUUGUUCUGGUGAUGGCGGUGUACCAGUCCCACCUUGCUGAAGACUUGAUCGCUGCCCCUGCGUCCAGACUCGACGACGGAUUUAUACACCUGAUCUAUGUGAAGGCAGGAAUCUCUCGUCGGGCGCUCUUGCAACUCUUCCUGGCUAUGGAGAAAGGUGCUCACUUGAGUACGAACUGCCCCUUCGUGGAGUACGUUAAGGUGCGAGCGUUACGUCUGGAACCCUAUUCACCCAAAGGGACCAUCACUGUGGACGGCGAGGUGGUGGAAUACGGACCGGUGCAAGCGCAGAUCUACGGGAGCCUUGCCAGGAUUAUAGCCGGAUAGCAAUAAUAAAAAUAAUAAUAAUGAUUGCACAUCGUUGUUAGUAUGGCGGGUUCGGGCAUUCGCAGGAUCGAAGCGAGGUAUUUUUAAAAGCAAUGAUUUUCACGGUGUGAUCGAUUGCUGCUGUUUUCAGGGUGCUACUGAUGGUAGUCAAAAACACGCAAAAGAUAAAAGAGAAAUGUAUUUAUUUUUUAAUAUUGCAGUUUUGUACACAACAUAAGACUUGUAUGAGAGGCCGUAUGUAACCAGGCUGUUAGGACGCGACUGGACGGGGAUUCGUGUAUGAUGCUUUCAUUUGCAUUUUCAUUCAAAAUAAUAGUUUUUUGCUCGGCGUAUACAGGAAUAAAGAUGAAUCCACUAUGGCUGCAAGAUAACGGUUCCAAAAAACUGAAUUUAAGGGAGAUUAAAGAUUGACAUUGUACUAAUGUGGAUCAACAAUGUUCUUGUUUAAAAACAGCAAGUAAAAGUGGGUGAAAUGAUUUUCCACUUUCUGUAAAUUGGUCAAUUUAAUCAAGUUGUUAUAAUGUUAGUUGAUGUUAUCUCGUAUUUUAAUUACCAUGGGCCGGUUGUGUUAGCUAAAUGGCUAAUUAGAUCACUUUCAACAAAUUUUCAGGCAAAAUAACAAAGUAGACUUU